AUGCAGGGAGGCCCAUCUGUACUCCCCGUUUGCCGGUGGCGUACCAAGCCACCGGUCGGAAGAGAUUCCCUUACACUUACAGAGCGAAGAGAAAGAAAGGAGGUGCUUGUUUAUUUAAGAGCAGCGACGCAUAUCUCACUCGCUAGAUUUAUAUUCACGAUUCUCUUCUGCUCAAUACUCUUGCGCGUCAAGAUGGCUUUCAGUAUUUUUGCUGUCCUUGUGGUCACAAUCUUGGCCCUUAUUGCUUUCCAAGUUGUCUACAACCUUUUUCUACACCCUCUUCGGAGCAUUCCAGGCCCGAGAAUGGCGGCAGCUACUUGGCUUUGGCUGUUCAAGUACGAACUCAGCGGCCACUGCCACGAGGCUUUUAUGAAGUUGCAUGAAAGUUAUGGUCCCCUCAUAAGAGUCUCUCCUGGCGAAGUAUCGAUCAACGACAUUGAGGUGUACAACAAUGUUAUUUACGCACAAAAUACCAAAUUCAUGAAGGCGCAAUAUUUCUACCAGGCUUUUGAUACUCCAGGAGGCAGUGUCUUUUCCCAAAGGGACAAGCAAGAACACGCCGCAGAAAAGAGGUUGAUGUCCCACGCAUUCUCGCGUUCCAAUAUUCUUGGACUACAAAACUUGCUCUAUGACCAUACCAGACUUUGGAUCAGUCAGCUCAAACAAUUUGCAGAAGCAAACAAGCCAAUUCCACUUUGGCACGCAACUCAAUGUUUGACCCUCGAUACUGUGGCGAGAUUUAGCUACGGGUCUGGCUGUGAUGCGCUUCACUCAAAAGACCUAUACUCUCCUUUAUUCGACUUUAUGGAAAGAGUUACUCCUGCAGCUGCACUAUUUAUGCACGUUCCAAUAAUGCGCCAUGUUGCUCAUUGGGCUGAACGAUUUGUUUCAAGUGGCUUUGAUGGAGUGGGCAAGAGGGCCUUGGAAGGGCUCAAUAGGCUAAAAGACCAAAAAGUGUUUGAGGACAAGGUAGGGACGAUUAUGUUCGAGAGUAUGAUCAGACAAGCUGCUCAACGAGAAGUGACACUUGACAAUGACAGAAUGAUCACAAAUGGAAAUCUCAUGCUCUCCGCAGGUACACCUGUCACUAUCAUGGAAUAUUCACGCGCUGACUCUGCAUAUGCACCGGAACUACCGCUAUAA